UUUUGCGCUGCAAAGCCAUGGAGCCCAUGUCGGCGCACCACUGCAUAUAUGACUGGUGCAGCUCUUGCAAGCGCGCUUCGCGAGGAUCUCUUUGCCAUUGAUGCGCAUCAAGAUACCUGCGUGGUUCAAACGGCGCUUCAAAGCAUUUGCAGCAGACUUCGCAGAUUCGAUGGCAUCUUCGUAUUUCUGCAGGAUCGGUUGGUAUCUUGCCUCGUUGCCAGCAAGCGAAUGGAGCGUCUGGCUGGCAUCGCGAGCUUUGUUUGCCAAAGAUUUGUGGAUUGAGCUCAACUUCUGCCACCUUCGACAUCUUCGUCUUUGCCACAUUCUCAUGGGUUUUGGUGGAACUGGCAAAAGCAGGAUUGCAAUGACGAGAGACAAUGGCAGCUACAGCGAUGCUAAGAUCUCUGGCCGUGGUUCUGUGCUGAUGCUGCUUGGGCGUAUGAGUCGGUAUGAGCUGGGAUAUUCAGUUUCUGGCUCUGCGCAAACGUCCAUUGCCGUCACGGACAGCAAGGCAGCAAAGAAAGGAGCGUUGAUCACUGGAAAGUCUCUGGUGGCUGAUCAAAUGAAUCAUCUCCUAUGUUAUCGAACUUCAGGCACCCAGUGGAACGCUGAUAGCUCUGCAUCCGUGUCGCUUCAGCAUUGCCUGGUUGGGGCACCAUCAUAUGCAUCCUUCUCCCAUUCCAUAAGUUCACAAGCCAGCCGGUGGUCCUUGGAACAUCGGUCGUUCAUCACCUCAUCGUCGAUGACAGCAAGAUCCUUCAGAAAAUCACAAGAUCAUUGCGAGGCAGGGCUUCGGCAUCGUCCUGGAAGUGAAUGUGUUGGGUCGCUGACCCAUGGCUGCGUUUCGAGAUGGUCCAUGGCGCAGUCCUGCGAGCAUACAGCAUGGAAGGACCCGCCUGCAGCUGGACCAUGGCCACUAUGAGAUCAGCCGUCAGCAGCGAAGCCAUCACUAUGGAAAAAC